AUGGUUCACAUACAUCUCAAGCGUUCUUAUACACAUUUAAUUCAAUUCAUGGUCGUUAAUGGCAUGAGUAGCGCAAUGAAUCCGCUGGAAAAUGCAAUGAAGGGGGCAGCGAUAUUUUCCAAGCAGGUGCAGGUAUUCACAUAUACAGUUGUAUACCUACGGUACGUGCGAGAUCAGUCGAUAUUGAACGUACUAUUUCCUUUGUUGUUGAUAUCCCUGACCAGGUUUGCGAAUAACGUAGAAGCGACGUAUUUUGAUGUGGAGACGUCGGAGGAGACAGGUUUGACAUUAAAGGAGCUUUUAGCUAAGACGAUACAUGUAUUACAAGUGCUUUUCGUUGUUCAGUCGCUGUAUGCGGUGGUUUAUCACUAUUUUAUCAACUUGGAAAGCGAUGUAUGUCGAUGGGUUUACGGGUAUUUGUUUACUGAUAUUUUAGGGGAGUUUGAUUGCUCACUGCGUGGCAAGACAGUGCUGUUCGUGCUCGAUGUAAUCGUGUUGCUAUGUCAGUUGCAGGUUACGACAGACAGGCUGACACGACUAGACAAUGGUAGGCCGGUGAAUUUGCAAGUGUUUCCUCUACGUAAAUAUGGGAUACUGUCUAUUCUGAGAACCAGUACCACUGGUUUGCAAACAGAAGACUGGGAGUUGACAAUUUCCGCGCCAUUACGGAGUUCUGAUAGCGGCGUCAUCAGUAGCCGGACUAAUUCUGGAGGAUUCAAUGAGGUUGCCUACGGUAGCGUGCGUUAG